AUCAGAGGGGUUUAUAUCAUAUAUAUGCCUUUCCAUAUUAUCACUGUAUGCAAACUGUGCCAAGGUCAAGGGUUUGACCUGUUAUUGCAUGCCACAUUUACCGCCUGAAUUAAACGCAUUGUAUGAUUGAAUAACAGCGAUAUUUGACAAAAGAUUAACGGUAAAUAAUACUGGCCCAGUGGGGUGCACAGCGACUGAAAGGUCUACGAAAAACAAGCAGUGUGAGUGACGGAACUCUGAUCGGGAAAGGUGAUGCGAUUUUCAAGGUCUGUCCAUGUAUUAGAGAGUUAACAUAACCAUAUAUGCACUUGGACAUUUAUUUAUUUGUACACAUUAUAACUGAUAUAUAGAGCUUGAAAUCAGUUAUAAACUGACACCCGAGACAUAUACAGGGUAAACCAGGAAACCUUGAACGAAGUGUUCAAGGCAUAUAUCAUUAGAGGGAGAGAGUAGUGGCAUUUCAUCGAAAGAAACCUAAAAAAUCGCAAGAAGCGUUCACAGAACAUACCAAGGUAUGUAUUGUAGGAAAGGGCAGUCACUUCCUUUUUUUAAAGGCAGCUGUAACACUGAAUUGAAGAUGCAUUUGUAUGUUAGGGAAGGUUCAUAUAUCACAGGAAUUAAGUGUACAUACAGGAACAAUGCACCUCUUGGGUCUGCUGGGUCUACUAAACGUGAAGACCGUCUUGGUCGGGGGUGCAGUAUUCCUGUUGGUGAUGUCAUUACUACAGAGGAAGAAAUACAAACUGCCGCCAGGGCCUCCACAGCUGCCUAUACUGGGGAACUACUUAGAAUUCAAAAACGACGGUCGAUUUUAUGCUGUAUUCGAUAAGCUCGGAAAGGCCUUUGGUGAUAUUUUCACUGUGAACUUAGGUUUUGGUAACAAGAUGGUGGUUCUGAAAUCCGCCAAUAUUGUACAUGAGGCAAUGGUUGAGAAGAAAGAGAUAUUUGCCGGAAGGGGUGCCAUGAGUUGGAAGUAUGAACUAUUCAGCGGAGGCUACAAAGACAUUGUUUUAACUGAUUAUGGGCCCGUUUGGAGACUACAAAGACAGAUGGCUUUAAAGGCGUUCAGGACCUACGUAUCGAGCGAUAAACUGGAAACAUUCACAAAGUCUGCCUUUGAUGACAUGGCUGCUUUGAUUGAAAAGGAGACCAAGCCUUUUGAUAUUGAUGCCCACAUUCGGUUACUAGUCUUCAACGUUGUCUGCAGGAUGGCUUUCGGACAGUGCUAUAAAAUGGACCAACCGGAAUUCAUUUGGCUGAAGUUCAUAGUGGACGAAACCAUGCACGAGGUGUUUGGAGGCCUCAUUCCCUCUGACGUCAUAACGACCUUAAAGCAUCUACCUAUCCCAUCAUCCCUUUUGGCAAAGCGACUCCAGAAGAAUCUGAUACGCUUCCAUGAAGUCCAACUGGCAGAACACAAAAAAACUUUUAACUCGGAUGAUGUAAGGGACGUUAUGGACCACCUUUUGCUGCUGAAAAAGGAACUAACAAAUGAGAGUGAUGACAACGUCAAGGAGUCGCUUUCUGACACUCGCAUACUUUACAUCAUGCUGGACAUAUUCUUUGCUGGAACAUCCACUACAUCCGACACCCUGAAAUGGAUGAUUCUGUACGUUGCCGCUCAUCCAAAGGUCCAGGAACAGCUCCACAAAGAAUUAGAUGAUUUAGGAAAAGAUUUCGAUAAUCUUCGCCACUGCAAAUCCAAGUUGCCUUACUGUGAGGCUGUUCAGCGAGAGGUUUUGCGCAUGCGCCCUCCUGCCCCAGCAGGCCUCCCUCACCAAACACUUCGUGACACCAAAUUGGGUGGCUACGACAUUCCAAAAGGCACUCUCGUAUCAGUAAACAUUUGGGCAAUCCACCAUGACCCGAACAACUGGGAGUCGCCGGAAGUUUUCAAGCCAGAGAGAUUUUUGGACAAUGACGGAAGCUUGAAAGAGGUUGACAAUAAAAUAUGGCUUCCGUUCAGCAGCGGCAAGAGAAAAUGCAUCGGAGAAGGAAUUGCGAGGGUAAAUCUUAUGAUGAUAUCGGCAUUAUUUUUCCGUCAGUUUAAAGUGAGUUUUCCACCGGGACAAGAACCAGAUUUUGAGCCUGCGAAAAUAGAACUGACCUGCACCCCGAAACCUCAGAAAAUACUCGUCCAAAAAAGAAAAUGAUGUUUGAUGAAGGAAAUGGCUGAAUUUACGAAAUGGUUUAGAAUGUUUUUAAUCCUAAACGGUAUUUGGGGACAAUUACACCAUGCUCAGUGGAUUUGGAUUUACCUCAUGAAUUACUGAUCAUAAAUGGAACUAAGAGUUGAAAAGAAAAUGCACUGCCUAGCCUACGUUUAGCUUAGUGUCUAUUAAACGAAAGACAUCAAAGAUGUAUAUGAAGCGAGAGCGAAUCCCCUGUAACGUGCUGGUGUUGUGGUAUCAAUCUUAAUAAUUGUUAUUGCUGUCGGCGUGUAAAACGUGUUUGUAAAAUGUGUUAAAUACGGGUUACCCGGGAGGAGAACUGCUGUUCCGAUCUGAGACGCAAAUUUGAUUUCUGUCCUGGUUUUCGCUGCAGAUUUGAUUUCUGUCCAAAUAUCUGUCGCCAGUGGAUCAUGCGCGGUUUAAUUGCUGUUGCGUACAUAAAGGAGGGAAGAAUCAUAUUUUGACAGUUAGUUUAACGCUGAUCAGA